AUGUCGACCAUCGACGCUCUCCUGAUGUCCUUGCGGAUAGCGAAAGAGGUGUCGUGCGAGAUCCCUAUUCCAGGGCUGAGCACCGUCCUCGCGCUCACUGUGAGCAUUCUGGAGAAAGCCAAGGAGGUCAAAGAUACCCGAGAAGGUUGUCGAUCGCUUGCCAAGCGCGCGGCCCGCUUCUCGCUGGGGGUCUAUGAUCAGCUGAAGGAAUGCGACACCGAUGCUGGCUCUAUAGGUACCAGGGAGCGCGUUACGCGUCUGCUCUGCAACUUGCAGGACAUCGAGAACCUCAUGGAACGCAGUCGGAAGAAGCGUCUCCUUGGGUUCCUUGGCAGACAUCGCGAUAUCGCCGCAGAGGUCUAUAGACUACGGGACGACCUCGAAGAUACUAUCAAGCUUUUCAUGGCGCGCAAUCACCAAAUCCAAACCGGCCUCGACAUCGAUCAGAAAAUAGACGUGCUGGUGAAUGCGAACGUCCGCGUGCUACAGCACGUCGAGGAUUCCGCACGCGUCGGAGAGAUCGUCGUCGAGGAGACCAGAGGCAUCCGCGUCGAUAUGUCGAAGCUGGCCCAGCAUCUUAGCGGCGCCAGUAUGUUUGACGGCAGUUUCAGAUACUUCGCACGAGAAGAUAUCGACCUUUUGGAUCCUGUCGACCACGGGGAAUUCCACAUUCCUAAGCACCAAGAAGACAAAGAUCUACUCGUAGUUUCAGCUGCGUCGCAAACGCACGAGAUAGGACGUGUGCUGUGCUAUCGCGCCGUUGUAAAAGCGUCCGGAUAUCUCUGCGGAAGACAGGUCGUAGUACGUACGUAUCCCAAGGGCGACGAUCCCCGGUUCAUGGAGGCUAUAAAGUCGGCCAAGCGGUUUUGCGAUCCGUAUAUCUUGUCGGUGCUGGGUUACUCUCGCCCUGGUGAUAUGGCGCAGAUUUGUGUCGCUAUCGACCAUUUGGAAACUAUGGGACUCUAUGAGCUACUUUCUCCGGCGUAUUACUGGGUUCACGGGAUCAAACGAUAUAACAUCCGAUCAGACGACCUCGUUUUUGAUCCCCGGUACGGAGGACGCGUUAAAUGGGCUCCUGCUCUCCUAAAGGGCGGGGAAGUGAGCGUUCGGAGCAUGACGUCUUUCCCCGCUGUGUUGAUGUCAAGGAUGGGCCUGGCUGACGGUCUCCGUGCUGCUGCAUGUGCGAGCGACGCUCGCGUGGCGUGCUACUGGUUCUUGCGGAUCCGGAAGUCAUCCCCAGCGAGUACCAGCCCGGAGCGCAUCUUGUGGAAUCCUUGGCAACCGGCCGCGCAUGGGCCCCAGUAUCCAAUCGGGACGUGGGUGGGAAGGAAUCAUCUUCGUGAGAGAUGGUCCGUUAUCUCUUCACCGGAUAACUGCUUCCACGUCAACACAACCCAUGAGCGAACACCACUCAUAGUCGCGCCCUUCUCCGUCGCGUCUCACCGGUUAGAUCACGAGCGCGUCAACUACAACGACGAGAAGAUUGCGAAGGCUGAAUACCUACACGUCUCUGACACGGAUCUUGGCGAAAUGUGCGUCGACGUGGAGCGGCUCCGCACCGAUGGGAUGAAGUGGAAGAGAUAUCAAUUGUCCUGCAUGCCUCUGGGUGCGACGUUGCUUUUUCGGCAGCGCGUGGAGAAGUCGGCACGCUCUGCCCAUUUCUCAAGGAUGGUGAGUUCGCUGCCCGAUGUAUCGGCGCUCGAGUACAAGAGCAUCGGCAUAGUGGACAGCUAUAUCUCUUAUACGGAGACGACUGCGUCACGGGCUGUGCACAUCCCAGAGCAGACCGUGACGGGGCCGACCUCGCCGCUUUGGUUUUUCGCUGCGCAACCUGACGGUCAAGACCCAGAUGUUCUCCGCCGGGGGGAUAUCCCAUGGGGGUUCUGGUCGUCGGAGAAGGACCCGGAAUGUGUUCCCGAGGGCAUCGUCUUCGAUCCGACGCCACAGUACGAGCGCGUCGAUGAGAACACCCUGGCGCUACUAUCUACAUGGACACAGACUAUCGGUGAUCUCACACUCACCAUUAAGACCAAGGUCGCCGCAUGCAUCCUCCGACUGACCGCGGACGAGUUGAUGGCUCUCGAGGAGUUGCGGAGCCACGACGCUACGAGUGGUUCUGAGGUUAAUUGA